AUGAACAUAUCCAAUGACGACGCAGCAGCAAGGGAGAAGAAAGUGACACAUGCCUGUUUGUAUUGCACUAACGUGAAAGCGCUACGCGAUUUGCUGCCACCAAAGCGAUGUGAUUACUGCCAUAAAUUUCGAUGCCAAUUCUGCACACUCAAGUUUCCGUUGCUUGGUGUACGCAAGGGGCUCCCGAAAAAGCUCAAGGGCAAUUCGCACAUCUGCAUUCAGUGUUUUGGCAAGGUCUGGCAAGAAAAUGAGGCUGCUGUCUCGUCCGACAUUCUGAGGUGUGGGUGUAAAGACUCACAUUGCAUGAAGCACGCGUUCCUGCCGAACACUCAGGGAAAAGACCGUGAGUCCCGCGGUGCGAGCUUUAUCGGGAUCGAGCCAGUGCGCCGAAGAUCAACGUUGGAGUCAGAGUUGAUGAUGAGUUUGAAUCGACGUAGCUUCGAAAUGGACUCUAGCCAUCGAACGUCCAUGCUAGAGUCUGAACGUCGCAUGUCCAUGAUGGCUGGCGAUCAGGUGUGGCCAAGGUGUGACUCUAUUGAUGAUUCCCGAAGACUUUCGCUCGGCAAUGACCUUGUCGAGCAACCAAAAAUCUCAAAGGAUCAGCACAGUGGGAUUGCAUACCGCAUGGCGUCGUGUUUGGGCCUCAUAGCAAGCGACAUCCCUGACGGUACAAGCAUGAACUUUGCAAUUGAUAUGUGGAUGUCACUCUUUGCAGCUUCCAUUCUGCUGGUGAUCGCACUGGCAGACGGGUUCACGCUUCAUCAGCGCCUAUGGUAUUGCAUCGCAACAUAUGGAAUAUUUAUUACACUGCACCCUUGGAUUCAUGCGGAUAGAUUAAGCGGAUAUAGACCAAGAGUGACAGAAGAAACUGCGCAGUCUAAUGUUGUAGCACUUCAGGCAGCUGCAAAAGUGAAGGCAACACGUCAGAAGUCCUCCGCAGUUCCAGGAAACGGACCUGUUUCACAAGAGUACAAAGCUCGGCUACAAGCGAUAAAGAAACAUUGCCGUACUACUUGA